AUGAGUGCUUCAAAUUUCAAGGACGUUCCCAAAUCACUCCAGCGCUUCAUGACUAGCCUCAAGACCAUAGAGUUGCUUAUCAUACACCAGGGUGGAGUCAGGCAUAUAGAGAACCUCGAGGAGGCCGCUAGAAUUUACACAGACUUCCUAGGCUAUGUCAUGAAUCUCUGCAAGGAGGUCGAACGAUUCCGGGAAGAGGCGCGUAGCUUACGCGAACACAGCAACGAUAUUUACUCGGAUGAACCGCUUCCCAGCGACAAGUGGCGGGAUUCUUUUGAAAUUCCAAGCGUUGAUGAGCUAGAGGCCUACAUGAAGAAGAUGGUGAAUUUGAUGGAUGAGGAGAUCCGAGUACGUCAAAAAUACAACAUUUCCAAGCCGAAGUAUAAGCCCGAGCCGGUCCAAGGUAUGAGGGGUUUGUUUGACACCCUUAUUUCAAAACUGCAUAUCCUGGAUAGACUCAAGCGGAUCAAUGGGGAGCCUGUGCCAAUAACGGAGGAAAUGGCCGGGAUAAUCAACAUCCUUAACCAGCCUGGGGCGAAUGAAGACGACUUAGUUCCCUUGUACGCAAACGAUGAGGAGGCUGCGGCGGAUGCAGAUAGGAUGAUUGCCGAAAUCCUAGCCGAGAAUUGA